AUGGCUAGUCAAUCUCAAGCAGGGUAUCCAAGGACCUCUUCUGGUCUGACAGGCCCACCGGCAUCACAGUACAACAUGGCACAACAACAGCAGCAGCAGUACAGCCAACACACUCGGCGCACACCCUCCAAUGCCACCUCGUCCUCGUCGACCUCCACCAACACUGGCCUUCAACGAGCACCAACGAAUUCGGCGUACAGCACAAGCUCCGCUCCUCGUCGGUCUACCUCGUCCCGCAGCACCGGCUCGUCCUCACCGACCUCCUACGUCGCAUUGAUGCGCAAGCAGAAAGCAACUGUAUGGUGUGACCGAGCUCAACAUGAAGACCCACGAAUUCUCGCAGCACAACGAGCGGCAAAGAUGAGAGCAGCAAUGGAGGUAGCAGGAGGACAUCACAACACAGCAUCGAGCAUGCGGACGAGCACCAGCAGCUCAGGCAUGGUCGGCGGCGUGAGGAGCAAGAUCAGACAUCAUGGCGCCCCCAAGGCAAGCACAUAUACCGGUGGACCGAAUCUUGGUGGCGUGGGAGUGCCGAUGCGGCUGAGCGCUAGUGAAGUAGAUGAGGGUGAUAGCGAUGAGGAAGGCAAUGCUGCCCAGAACAACCGCUACCACUCCCGGACAGGUAGUGGACGAUCGAGCUUGGGAAGUGGUAAUCGUGGACAGCACGGCACAAUGCAUUCUGGACGAGGCUACAGUAAUACUUCCACUCCCUCGAACGGCCACAGCCCAGUUGAGAGCAUGGGCGACCUGGCAGAAGAAGACACGCCCAUGCCGCCUGAUCAAUACGGAGAGCAGGGUGACUACUUCCAGCAAUCAGGCGGGCAAGGCGGUAGUGGUAGCAGUGGCGAAGAAGCAGGAUUUGGUGGCGUCACCGGACUACCCUACCGAACGGAGACUCGUGAGCAGCCGCCGAACAAGAAGACCUCGGAUGAGCUGCAGCGACGAGGCAGUGUGGACGACAGGACCAUGACUAUGAGUGCUGGUCGGCUUUUCGUGGCGAACCCUGAUUUGAGCGAUUGA